AUGGGAAGAUACGUAGUAUACGAUUGCGAUGUGGGUAACGACGAUGCGUGGGGCCUGAUGAUGCUCAUCAAAGCUGAGGAAGCAUAUAAAAGGCGUCGAGAGCUAACCGCUUCACCCAAGAAGUUUGAAAUCAUCGGCGUUACAUGCGUACAAGGCAAUACCACCGUUGACCAUGCUGUGGUAAACACGCUUAGAGUGCUGGAUGUAGUGAACAGAAAUGAUAUACCAGUAUACAAAGGUUGCAGUAAUUUGUUUAAGCCAAGGCCCUGGGAGAACCCCAAGUAUUUCGUAGGUAAAGACGGUUUCGGCGAUCUUGAGCAUGAGAAGCCGGUUGAUCUGAGCUUAGUGCGGCCGGAGCAUGCAGUCAAUGCGAUGUAUGAGUUCGUUUGCAAGCAUCCUAAACAGGUAGAUUUUUUGUUAGUGGGGCCACUAACUAAUUUUGCCAUGUGCAUAAGUAUGUAUGGCUCAAAAUUCUUGGAUAAGGUUGGUGAAAUAUACAUUAUGGGCGGCAAUUAUAGAGGCAAAGGCAAUACCACUAAAAGCGCCGAGUUUAACUUUAUGAUGGAUCCGGAAGCCGCACAAAUAGUUUUCGAGAACGUUGAAGCGCCCGUUACUAUAUUGCCCUGGGAAACGUGUGACGAUCAGGCUUUUCGCAUUACACUUGAUUGGCGCUUGAAUAUGCUUGGCGCCGUAGAAAGCCCAUUCGUCCAGCUUUUGAAUCGCGUAGAACGCGCCUUGUUAGUGCCCAGAGGUGUGAAACGUUGGUUGGUCUGCGAUGCGCUGGCCGUCGCCGUUUAUCUAUUCCCCCACUUAGUGGUGUUGGAGCAACAGCUUCAUCAUGCUGCCGUUGAAUUGGCUGGUAUUCACACACGUGGACAAAUGGUUAUCGAUCACUUACGUCGGGAGCAGGCGAAUGCAAAUAUCAUCACGAAAAUCAAUAUCGAUCACUAUCAGAAGAUAAUUGCUUGGACUGGCGGACUGCGUGGUGUACAUAUGGAAUGUGAAUUGGGAAAGGAGAAGUGAAUUCUUUUUAAAAAUUUUAUUUUUUCUUACAAUGUUAAAUCGCUUUGUGUGUAGUAGUGUCAAAAAUAAAUUCUAUUCAGCGUGAGCGUUUGCUCAAUUUAUAGCAUUGCCAGCAAUACAA